AUGUCUUUUCCAGGAGGAAUAGGAGGGGUCGGCUCAAUGCCAGCGGCCAUGAAUCCUAAUGCGGGCAUGUCAGAGCAGGAGCAGCAGAUGGUGAAGGCGAUGCAAAUGGGCAUGGAGUCUUGCAUUGGCAAGACAGUAAUGGCUGGCGUGAUGGGUGGUGGCCUGGGUGCUAUGUUCGGACUUUUCAUGGCUUCGAUGCGAUACGAUACUCCCAUGUCACAACCCCUCCCCGUCAACACGCCGGCUACCAAGCCUACAACCGCAGCUGCUGGCACAACAGCAACAGCAACAGCAGGCGCAAAGCCAUCAAUAAUAGCUACCAGCAACGUCAACUCUGCCUCCGCAGCCACCCUCACCACAGCGCCCUCUGCUUCCACCGCCGCUACCCUCCCAAAUCCAACCGCUACCGGUGCCGUAGAACUCAAAGACCUUCCGCUCCGGCAACAACUACGAGCUGGCCUGCGCGACAUGUACAAAUCUUCAAUUUCUAGCGGACGCAACUUCGCCAAAGUUGGCGCAAUAUUCUCAGGCACUGAAUGCGCCAUCGAGGGCCUACGAGCCAAGAACGACUUGUACAACGGAGUGGCCGGGGGCUGCUUGACAGGUGGAAUCUUGGCCAGGAACGCUGGGCCGCAAGCUGUGGCUGUAGGAUGUGCAGGUUUCGCAGUCUUCAGCGCGGCAAUUGACGCGUACAUGCGUAUGCCAGAGGACGAGAGGAGCAAACCUAUUGCUUAG